UCCCAGGUUUGCCCGGCCAUGACAGACGUGGAGUUUGGGAGCAUGUCGAUCAAGGAGGGCAAGGAAGAGAGGAAGCCCAGCCCGGUGCAGCCCCACUGGUACGAGCAGUACGUCCAGCCCUGCAUGGGGGAGCUGGUGGGCUCCGCCUUCUUCAUCUUCAUGGGCUGCGUGUCGGUCAUCGAGAAUGCGGACGGGACCGGCAGUCUGCAGCCGGCCUUGGCGCACGGGCUGGCCCUGGGGCUCACCAUCGCUAUCCUGGGCAACAUCAGUGGGGGCCACUUCAACCCGGCCGUUUCCCUCGGAGCCUGGCUGGUCGGAGGCCUGAACAUGGUGAUGGUCAUUCCGUACUGGAUCUCCCAGCUCUGCGGAGGGCUGAUUGGAGCGGCUUUUGCCAAGGCCGUCACUGCUGACGAAAGGUAUAAAAACGCCAGCGGAGCGGCCUUCACAACCAUCACAACAGAUGACCACCUGGGGAGGGCUUUGACCAGUGAGGUCAUCAUGACCAUGUUCCUAGUCCUGGCGGUCUGCAUGGGGGCCAUCAACGAAAAGACCAAAGGGCCCCUCGCCCCCUUCUGCAUCGGCUUCACCGUGACUGUGGACAUCCUGGCAGGGGGGGCCAUCUCAGGAGCCUGCAUGAACCCAGCCAGAGCCUUUGGCCCCGCCCUGGUGGCCAACUACUGGGACUACCACUGGGUGUACUGGGUGGGGCCCAUGGUGGCCGGACUCCUGGUUGGAGGUUUGAUUCGGUUCCUGAUUGGAGACAAGAAAACCCGCCUCUUCCUAAAAUGAGCCCCC